AUGGCCGGGGCACUUCGCGAACUCAUCGAGCUCUUGUUGACUGAAAUUGCCAUCAGUGGCACCGACGGAACCCGCUUAACGGGGAUCUGGAGUCUGACUGAAACCUUCUACAACAACAGAUCAUCCGAUGCUGGCCAUGACACCAGCUCGUCUGGUUUCCAUCUGGAUCGUGCCCUGCAGGAGGACCUAUGGGGCUGGUUGACGCUUAAUCCUGAGGUCUCCGUCGGCCAGAAUAAGCAGUACAAUGGCCUGAGCUUGUCUGAAGCGGAGGCAAUCGCAGAACUUCGGCUUUUUGUUUCCGAGGAACGUACUUGGAAAGCACUCACAGGUCAUGAAAAGAACGAAUCCAAAGUCCCAGCUACUGAAUUCUUCCUGCUUUCUAUAAUCGCGUCUUGCAGAUCCCAAGGAAUCCUGCAAACCGACUUGGUUCGUCGUAGUGGUCAGGAUGCGCGGUCUGUGCCGAAACGCACCGACGCGUUGAGGACGAAGGGCUACAUCGACAAACGCCAAGUGCAAGCGAAGUCAGCAAAGACCAGCUUGUGCACGUUUUCGAGAUUCGCCAAUGCUGUCGAUGGUGACGCCGAAAGACCGGAAGCCAAGUCGAUACAAUCCCGAGACAUGAUAGACUUCGAUGCUUUCUGCCAGGACAUAUUCCGCAUCCUCAAGCAGUACCAGAUCAUAGCUCGAAGUGACCUCAAAGAUGAGCUCGGUUUUGAUGACACUUGGCGGCGGCGUAUAUUGAGUAGAGCAAUUCGAAAGCUCGAGGCCAUUGGCUGUGUGCAGCGAGUGAAAGCACGAUCACAGUUUCAUGACACCAUGAAAUCCCUGCAUCCCUGCGUUUUGUUAGUUCGUGAACCCACAGACGUCGACUUGAAGUUAUUCAAAAGCGACUACAAGACCAUACUUUCUGCUACGGAUCAAGAAAAUGAAGAAGUAGAAGACCAAGCAGAGAUGCAGGCCUUUGACCACAGACUCAUUCAAUGGACCCCCGACGCAAAUUUUGCAAACCUCAUCGCCAGCCUCAUCAACGAAAGUGGUACUGCAGGAAGAACGAAUGCUGAAGUUAUUAGGGAUGGCUUCGGGAAAAUAUUUCGUCGCCCAAGUGAAAACACGUUGAAUCGUAUUACCGAGUGUUGGCAACUGUCGCAACCAUCGCAUCUCAGAAAUAGUGCCAUCGUUCGCGACACUGCAUUGAACGGCACAGUGACACAUUACGUUCACUAUUCGUAUUCCAAUUUCAAGCAGCUGGUUGAUACUGGCCGUGCUGAUUGGGAGGCGGUGACUUUUCGUCCGAGAGAUGCUAAGAGCUCCAAGCUCGCCAUACCUCCUCCAGAUGUUCUACCCAUGACCGACCAGGACGGCUUGGCGCCCUUCAAGCCUCCAAAAGGAGCUACCGAGCGUGAUCACUAUUGUACGGUGUUAUCCAAGGGGCUUAGCAGCUAUACAACAACAAAAAGCGAUCCCAUACCUAUGAUCAAUCAGAAUGGGGAAUUUGUGGCUGUGUUUCCGCGUGAUGUUGACAGUUUUCCUGGUCAUCGAUCCAUGCCCAAAACGCCAUCGUCCCAGACAGCAGUUGAAAAGAGACAGAUUGAACCUCUGUCGGAACUCAUUUUUGAGACGGUGGUUGAGACACCAAGAUAUGCGCAAAUGACAAAAGCGGAAAAGAUUGAAGUAGAACUCAGGAAGAACGAGAAACCCGCCAGAGAGGUAUUUGCAGCAUUCGGUCUAGACGAAAGUUGGACACAUGUGGCCGUACGGCUUAUGGAGCGAAAUGCCCCUGGAGUCUACAUGACAACCAAAGGAAAAGCACGACCAGCCGGCAAACGCCAAGGGCGUCCUAAGGAAAGUCGCAUCGCAGUCUUCAGGAGCUCUACUCUCGUUGAAUUCCUCCGAUCGCUUCCCCAAACUGCAACAGAUAUUGAUCAAGCGAUUCCGCGAGCUGCUAUCUCACGACACACCACACGGACUACCGGUCUAGAUUCCUCAACCAUGACCUCAAACGACGACUUGACAUCAGAGAAAACGCAUAUAUGUGAUGAAACAGUCCCGGCACUGACUUAUUCCGUUCCUGAAGUUCAAAUUGACAAGCAGAACGUUAUUGCACCCACGCCAGUCAUCACUGCAUCGGACCCGACUGUAUCGGAGUCAUUUACAACUAGCCUAGAUCGCUCUGGAAUACAGAACGUGGCCCCAUUGGAAACUGAUGAGCGAUAUGCAAAGCCUACAACAACAAAAACAACAAGUGCGUCGAAGACCAACGAAUUCAAGAUCGAUAUCCCCCCAGAUUUGCCCAAAGAUAUACUUCCAGAUGCAAUCGGGAGUACGAAUGGAACUUCUGUUCCUGGCCCUGGUCAUGAUCCGAGACCUCAGGCUCCAGUCAUAUUUUCAAAAAGCAGACGUCUGGACAAGGAAGGCUCUGUUGCUCGUCUGAGGCGCACUAUUAUCAUGGACAUCAUAAAACAGGCUGGAGGGGCAUUUCCCUCUGGCAGUGAGAUAUGGCACGCAUAUGCAACGGUUUGGAUGAAACAUCUUAAGCAUACCGAGAAGCCAGACUCAAGAACUAUUAGAAACGUGGUAAAGCAUCUCAUCGACAGUGGAAAAUUGCGACAGAUAACCUUCAGCGGCAAAGGCCCAAAGGGUGUCAUGGUCACUCGCAGUAUUGUCAUGACACCGGAAAUCAGUCCCUCUAGCCCAUUAGUGACGAGAAUGCGGGAGGAGGUUUUGAAGUCGAAUUACUAUGUCCCAGAUAAUGUCGAGAUAGACGCCAAUAUUACGAGGAUCGUACGGGGUCUCAGUGGUGCGCCGACAGGCGUGUAUACCAAACAGCUCCCUAUUGAGCCCGAAAUAACCGUCAAUCUGCGGACAAAGCCGGCAUCUGUCAUAGCAUUAGAGAGAAGAAAAGAACAGGCUCUUCACAAACGUCUAUCGAAGCCUAUCCGAUUGAUGGGUAUCAAGCACAAAGGUAGACUUCAGACUUCCGAAGGCAUCACUUCAUUUUCCAGGCCGAUGAGCAAGAGAGUCGUGAAACGCCAUUCUCGUCCGCCUUCAGAUAUCGAGGAAGAGCCACUAGAAGAAUCAACUCCGAUGGAUAUAGGUGUUCCAUCUAUAAAUCUUAAACGCCGGUCGCGUCAGGGACUGUCGGAUCGCUCACUCUCAGAAGUUAAGAGACACAAACGGACAUAUACAGAAUCCCGUUAUGACCGAUUUCUGGACGGACUUGAGGAUGUUGCGCAAUGGGAAUUAAGUAAUAUGUUGUUGAGUGAUGCUGAACGGGCUUCCUCUUUCAUUCCAAAUCCCAUAGAAGACAGUGCGGGCUUCAUUCACCAUACCGUCAAUGCGGCCUUUGAACAAGCGCCUAUUGUUGGAAAUAUACGCUUUGCAGGGGAGAAGAGAAAGAAAACAGCUGCGUCUUCGAUGCCAGGUCUGAGAAGACGCCGACGCAGGUCCUUGAUGGCCCCUGAAGCGAAAUUCAAACUGAUAUCGCCGCGAGAAAGUUUGGUCGCUGACAAUGCACCAAAGCCCUGGCCCAUUGCUCAUGCUCAGCAACCAAUAGGGGACGAUUUGUAUACACAACCUACUGAUUCACAUGCGCUCGAGCCAUCCAGUCCAGCAUAUGAAGAAGCGAUCUCCGAUCAUCAGGCUGAAGGAAAGACCAACUUGAUAUCAACUAGGAGAAGACGCAGGGGGUUGAAAACUUUGUCCAGCUCGAUGAUUGAACGAAUCAAAUACGCAAUAGUAGUCGUUAGAACUAUCGCAGGAGGGACUCAGGGGAGGACUGUGGAAUGGGAUUUGGUGACGAAGGCUUUCCCCAGAGAAGAUCCGGAAAUUAUCAAAAUGACUGGUAAAUUGCUCUUAAACCGUGAUCGACGCCAGCUGGCACAGAUGCAGGACGAGUUCCGGGUCAAGUUGCUCGCUGAAUAUAGGAAAGAAAACCCCUCAAUCCCAACCAUCAACUUCAAUAACAUGGCAUCUUAUGAUUGGGAUGCGGCAGUCACGUGGGCAACUGCCCAAUACUAUUCCCCUUCGGCUCGAGAUGUCCCCAUGUUGCCAGGAUCAAGAGCUCGUCUGGUACAGGAUCUUUCACAUCGCGUAGACCGAGUUUCUGAUGAGUUUGAAAUGAUAUAUACAUCCAAUCCCACAUUAAGCGUGGCGAAGCGAGAGUCACUUUUUACGUCACGACCAUUUUUGAGUAAGUUGAAUACAGCGGCCGACCAUGAUCGUGAUCAAAAUGAAGACAAGCAAGCAGUGAAGUGCUGGAUACUAUCGAACGUCGUCGCCCAAGAAGCAACGUACGAUGCUACCGAUGCGCGGAUGAAAUUAUCUCGGUUUUCCAGUGACAUUAUUGAAGAAGCAAUCAAAGAACUCAUUCGAGAUCGCUUCAUAUCGCAGACUAAUCGUGGACGUGUCGUUCCGGGCCGCAAUUUCAUAUUUACAGAUAAUUUCUAUUUCACCUUUGGACGCAGAAGGGCAAUCGAUUCGGAAAUACUCCGUCAAGCCUCAAACUAUAAGCGUGUACUUGACGAUGAUUUCAAGCGGGAUGGGGUAUCUCAAAUCAAAUACGAUGCAUCAGAUGGAGAAGUUCUUGCAGUCAUGGCGUUGGCAGCCAAUGGCCGGGUGCAUAUUUUCCCCAACGAUCCACCUGCAGAUCCCUUUGGUCUCACUGAAGGCAAUUAUGAGACGCGGACCUUGGACAAAGCAAUCUUCAAAUUCCAAGUGGAUGUUAUUCCAGACAGCAACAGAUACGAAUACGGCAAUCCCGCCAGGAACAAGGCCAAUGGGCGUUACCCGCCUAUUGAAGACGAGGAAGUAAAACAGCUUAUGAGCGGGAACUAUGGAAAUGAGUCUUUGGCAAAAAUUCCAAUAUGGUUGGACAUCAAUGGUAACGUGCACGAGGAGUUGUGGGAGUCCAUUGUAUCGGCAAUAGUCGGUAUUCUUGCAAUACGGCCAAAGAUUGACAUUGCCAGUCUCCAUGAACAACUGCAGAAAUUCCUAGCCCCCUGGGAUAUCGAACGUGUGCUCAUCUGGCUCGAGAAAAUGGGGUUAGCUGAAAAUGAAGGCGCAGCUGGAGAUGAAGGUAUCUGGUCAGUUAAAGAGUAUUGGUGGAUGAUCUGGGCUUGA